AAUAGAUUAAGGAACUCAGUAUUGUUUCUUUUGUGGGAUGCCGCAUGGCUGUCAGUAUGUCAGCCCAUCCCUUGAGACCUUCUUCAUUUGGUUGCGUGCUUUAAAGUGAUUGUGACAAGCAUCGUGGGCUUCCUGGUAUAAAUCACGCUGGUGUUCCUACGAUCUCUCCCCAAUCAGUCUUCCAUUCAGUCCGUCCUCACUUAACUUCCAAGAUCAUUCCCUCCAUCCAUCAAUAUGCACGGUAUUAUUUCUCUCGGCGCGGCCCUUGCCGUCAUGAUUCAAGGCACCGCCGCUGCCACGAGCGCUGUUGCAACUUGGUAUGGUGGAAACCUGAACGGGGGUAACUGCCUGUUUUCCGGUUACACGUUGCCAUCAAGUGUCCUGGGUACUGCCUUGUCCUAUACCAACUACAACGGAAACUGCGGUACUUGCCUCAAUGUUAAGGGACCCAAGGGUAACACCAUCAAGGUUAUGGUCGUCGACAAGUGCCCCUCAGGUUGCGGAAACGGCCAACUCGAUCUCUUCCCCGAUGCUUUCGCCAAGCUCGACGAUCCCAACAAGGGACAGAUCAGCGUCUCAUGGGAGCAGGUUCCUUGCGGCAUCACCUCACCCUUGAUCGUCCGAAACAAGGAAGGAACAUCGAAGUAUUGGUUCUCCAUGCAAGUUGUGAACCACAACUACCCAGUCACUAAGUUCGAAGUCAGUACCGAUAGCGGCAAGAGCUGGCAGCCGACCGUCCGUCAAGACUACAACUACUGGCAGAAGAGCAGUGGUGACGGCUUCCUCGUGGACACUGUUAGCGUCCGCGUCACCUGCUCCAACGGUAAGCAGGUCGUCGUAAACAAAGUUGGUACCAAAGAGAAGGCCUCAUUCACUGCAUCGGGAAAUUGUUAGAAAGGGAUCAUUGAACAGCCUGCCUCAGGAAAUAUUCUAUUUCCGUACCCCUGGGCUCGGCGCGUUUCUUUGAUUGACGCACCACGACUCCUCGGUGGGAAAUUUUGUACAUAGCCUUCACUUCUUGCACAUAAUUUGACAGUACAUACCUUUCGAAUGACAUCAUCAUCUUUGGAAUGUUUGGCAAUUUAGAUCACUUUUGGGUACUUUGUCUUUCUAUUUUGUUACGUGGUCUCUGCCCCCUACGCAUGUAUAGCAUUCACUCGCUUGGAUAGUGGGAGACAAACUCUUAAGGCCUUGUAAACAAUG